CAGUGCAGAUCGGCUCAUUUAUCACAUUGUCGCUGUUUGAGUUAUAACGUUAAAUGUCGUCGAUGUAGCUGUGAUAUUGCAGUUAAAUGUCGAAAGUGUGAGAAAGCGAGGGUGGAGGAUUCGAGGCCGUGUUUUUGUGGUGGAGUUGACUCUGCAGGGGAAGAUGUGCAAUGGAAUGAUAGAGUCAAUAUCAGAAGCCUUUUGGGCCCACACCUCAGCCACAAAACGGUCCUUCUUGUUGCUGCUGGUACUGACUGCAGUGUCCACUGGGCAAGGGUCAGGAUGUGUGAGGCCAUACAUGGUCCAGAACAGCUGGGUAAACCUCACAGAAACCAACAGGGGCUCGUUCCCUGUGGGCACAGUACUGCAGUACAGCUGUGACCCUGGUUACCUGCCAGACGGCCCCAGCAUCCUCACCUGCACCACACCGGGACGCUGGACCUCUGAUCCUCCUCACUGUAUACGCAGUGGUGCAUGUCUACCCCUCUCCAAACCGGAACAUGGAGGCUACACCUGCCACCCGUCCCCCUGCCGAAUGUUUGCCCAUGGCACUGUGAUUGAGUUCUUCUGUGAUGACGGCUUUUUUGUCAGUGGAGACUAUAACUACCUGACCUGUCAGGAUGGACAGUGGGAUGGCCCCAUGCAGAUCAGUUGUGUUAGCCAAGGUUGUAUAAGACCCUCUACGGUGCAGCAUGGAUCAACUAAUCUUACAGACACCAAUAGGAGCUUGUUCCCUGUGGGCACAGUACUGCAGUACAGCUGUGAUCCUGGUUACCUGCCAGCCGGACCAAGCAUCCUCACCUGCACCGCACUGGGACGCUGGUCCUCUGAACCUCCUCGCUGUAUACGCAGUGAUGGUUGUAUAAGACCCUCUACAGUGCAGCAUGGCUCAACUAAUCUGACAGAAACCAACCGAAGCUCAUUUUCUGUGGGCACAGUACUGGAGUAUCGCUGUGAUCCUGGUUACCUGCCAGACGGACCCAGCAUCCUCACCUGCUCCGCUCUGGGACACUGGUCCUCUGAACCUCCUCGCUGUAUACGCAGUGAUGUAUGCCAGCCUCCAUUUCAGCCAGAGAACGGGGGCUACACCUGCCACCCUGCCCCAUGCCAAAGACUUUCUCAUGGCACUGUGAUUGAAUAUUUCUGUGAUGAAGGCUAUGUUCUCAAGGGAGAAUAUAAAUACCUUACCUGUCAGUAUGGAGAGUGGGACAGCCAAAUGAAGCUCAGCUGCCUCAUGGAGCAAGACCACAACCCGUCUUUACCAUUAGGGAUGCCUGCCUUGUCUAUAGUGGCAUCCACAGCCAGCUCCGUGGCCCUGAUCCUGCUCCUGGUGGUGCUGUUCGUACUUCUGCAGCCAAAACUGAAGUCUCUCCAUCGACGUGAUCAGGGUGUGUCCGGUCAGCCUGUAUCCAUCAUGGUGGAAGGAGUCCAGGUGACUCUGCCCUCGUACGAAGAGGCGGUGAACACCAGUGCGGCCUCAGCUUCAGCUCUCAGCUCCGAGUCUCGAGUCCAGAUAGUGCUGUCCGAGGGUCAGCAUGCCACAGCGCCAGAGGCUGGCCCCUCUCGGCCUUCUUCCUUCAAACAGCAGCAAUCAGAGAUGGCCGUGGUUCACCCCGUGCCACCGUCCUCAUCCUCCUCGUCACCCUCGCCCUCGUCCUCUAACUGGGCUCUGGAGCACGCAGGCGCUGCAGCUCCGUCAUCCUCACAAAGAAGGCCGUCUGCAGGCAGCGACCAACACAGCCUGUCUCUGGACUCUGAGAUGGACUACUCUGAUGAUAUGCCAUUGCUGAAGGAGGCCUGAGAAACGCAGCAGCUUUUGGACUUACCCGAGACAACCAGCGUUGCUACUGACCUGUACUGGUGAGCGGGAAGCCUCUUGAGAGUUUGUCAACACAGCUGUCCACACACACGAGGCCAACUAAAGAGGCUCUGAGUGAAGCUGUGGGUCACUCAGAAUAGUUCCUCGGUCCAUCCCAAAGGAGAACAGAGAAGGGAUUCAUAUGUACAUACAUGCUUACAUUUUUUUAUCGGAAUUCCUACACUAUGUAUGUACGUCUAAUGUCUGAAGCUCAGUUUGAAAAUGUAGAAGAAAAACAGAAAGGAACUGGCAUCUCGUGAAGAAGAAAAGAAAAUCACUGAUAUAUUUCAGUUGAAUGGGCGAAGCUGCAAACUGAUUUUGGGAGCUAAUAAUCUCUUCAGUGUCUUGUUUACUGUUCACUUUUCUUUAAUAAUCACAUAUCACACCGUUUGACACGUACAUAACAAAAGAUGCAUGAAGGCCAGGUAAUCUAGAUUGUUGUCCAAGUCAUGCACACAUACAUCAUUGUCUUUGAGGAUUUUUGUGGUUAUAAGGCAUUAUUAUUUAAGAUGUUAUUAGUCAUUCCACUUGUCACUGUACAGUUUAAGGCUGCUUGUCCACUCACAAGAUCACUCUGCUGUGUUUUUCAUUGGAUUGAGGGCAAACCUUUUCAGAGACUUGUUGUUUCAGGCGACACAUUUCGCCCCUUGCAAAGCAUUCCGAUGUACUCACUUCAUACUUGUACCCUUCCCCCCAAUGGCCUUAGCUUUCCACUUCUAUGCACAGGUAUCUAUAAUAUGUAAAAUAAUGAGUUUAAAAAAUGAAUGUGAGUUAAAUGCCUCCACUGCUUAGUGAUAUUAUGUGUGGCUUUGUCAGACACAUCACUUGUACACCAGAAAAUAUUAUUAUUGUCUUAAUUUAUUCCGGCUGCUUCGAAAUUCCUGUUUUUAAGUGUCGACAGGAAACUUAGUUGUGUAUUUAAUUUAUUUGUCUCCAGAACGCUGUUGAUCAGCUGUGGCUUCUUUCAAUGCUUCCACAGCUCUUGGGAAAAGUCUUUUCACUUUGCCGCUUAAGUUUUGAUUCUACCGCAGGCACGUUAUAUGUGACACUGUUUUAAACGUGAUUGGGAUGCUCCGACACAAAAAUGAGUAAGUGUACAGAUUAGUGUAAUGUCAGUGUUCACUAUGUUUGACUGUCCAUUGAAUUUUACUUUUGGACUGAGGAUUGGAGUUUUUUGUUUUUGUGAAGAUGGUAUUUUAAUAUAUGUAAAAAGUUUUAAGUUAUGUUUACUCUGUAUAUACCAUAUGAUCAUUUUGAUUAAAUAUUAUUUGAGGUGUA